AUGGACAUCGGCGGCAAACUUCUAAAAUGGAUCGAGAAUUUCCUCGUCGGCCAAUCCCAAAUUGUCUGCGCAGAACAACAGCAGUCAGGGCGCACAUUCAUAGAGAGUGGAGUCCCACAAGGUUCAGUGCUCGGACCAACCCUCUUUCUCUUGGUCACCAAUGAUUGUGUCGGUCGGUUGGACUGUGAUAGUGCCAAGUUUGCGGAUGACAUAAAAAUCUGGAAAGUCAGCCAGAAUGCUGCCGACGAGGCAAACUUCCAGGAAAAUAUUUGUUGAUUGGAUGAGUGAUCCCGCACAUGUCUCUUGUCCUUUAUUUUAACAAAUGCAUCAUCCUGCGCCUCGGAAAUUGGACCCCUAGUACGCGGCAAUAACAUCUGAACGGGAUGCUACUCCAAAAAACAAAAACGCAAAAAAAUCUCAGAGUCUGCGUUGCAGACAUUCUAAAGCCCUCUACACAGUGUUGAAAGGCGGCCAAGGCCGCAACUUCUAUGCUUUACGCCAUCAAGUGGACCUUCGCAGUUUUCGACGAAGACUGCUUCUCGAAAGUCUUCGCACGUCUGUAAAACUGCAUCUCGAAUAUGCAGUCCAGGCCUGGAGACCGUGGACGCAGCAGGAUUACAAUCUGCUCGAAAGGGUGCAGAGGCGAGCAACAAAAUUAAUAAGAGGUCAAGGUGCACUGCCAUACGAGAUCCGUCUAAACAACCUUAUUCGCUAUCCUUUUGAGUUAUGGGCAUUUGCGUGAUGACUUGAUACAAACUUUCCGUAUAGUGUGUGGCUUCGCCUGCGCCUUCCGGUGCGACGACUUUUUCUAACUCGCCACUAUAACUUACCUUCGGCGACCUUCCUUCCAAACUUCGUGCACCCCAAGGUAAAUUGAAUGUGAGAAAGUAUUUAUUCUGCAACCGUGUCGUGGAACCGUUGAAGAACAUGCCCGAAACCAUUGUUAGGUCUCAAUCUGUGGAGACAUUUAAAUGUCGGCUUCACAGACAUGCUGCAGCAACAAGCGGAAUAUGUGACUUUGUAACCAAAAAACAAGUGCCCUAUGUGAAUCGAUGUCCAAAUUCACUUAAUGCAAUAAUUUCUUCGCAUUUUUGCUUACUUUCUCGAUUUGCUACGUACAAAUAAGAAGUUCAAUGACGUAAGCCUAUUCCUCUCAAAUACACUGACUGAUUAACUGUCCUACUAAAGCAGCCAUGGCCUAAUCCACCGAUUCGGUGGUAUGGAUCAUCAUUUGAUUAGGCUUUAUACAUAUCCACUCAACACGUUAACUCUCCACCCCUGUUCAAACUUCCCUUUACAUAAUCCUCUGGGCUGUCUCAAAUAGGCACAUUUACAUAUUUCAGCAUGUUGCUGAAUAUCUGUUCGCAAAAGUUCUAAGAAAAUUUGUAAUUGUUCCUUAAAUAGUGAUCCAUUGAAGAUUACUUAUCCACCUCCAGGUGUUGUCCUAUUCCAGGGCCUUUGCAUUUGCUCGAAUCCCCCUAACCUGCGUAUUAUUAAUUUUUUGAAUACAGUUCGACACCUUCGGGUUUCCAAGUCUUGACAGAUUUUCGAAGAAGGGUGGUGAUAACAUAUACGCGUUUCCCCAGUGACGCUUUUUGAGCUCUUAGCUGGAUACUGUUUAGUGACGGAUUCGGGUUUUUUCCCGCGUAAAAAGGUUCCUGAAAUUGGGUUCUUGCUAGCGAGGAACUGUGUUACACGCUGCGGCCCUUCACGUCUACAGUUAUCAUGCACACUUUUAUGAUAACCUAAAGAUAUUUUGCUUCCCAUACUUUAAUAAAUUCAGAGUUAGUUGGCUUACUUUAACAUCUCUGAUAACUUCAAGGUGAAAGAAAACAUUUGACCUACAACUUGUAGGUGUCGAGUUGGCUGCUAGCUAGAUUUGGUGUUUGCGUUCGGUGGCGUGUCGUAAGUUGAGUCGACACUUGUUGUGCAGUUGGGCAUUCCAUUAACUGUUUUUACCAGGAUUCAUAUAAGUUCCUCUAUAUUUUUUAAAUAGUGUGCUUCGUGUGUCAUUACAUUUAGUUGACAAUGAGGAAAAAUGCAUCAUUAGUUCUGCAGAAGUUGCUCAACAGCUUCUAACCUUCCCCUAAGGCUGCGGUGCUCUUUGAGACAUACACACUCUUUUAAUAGUAUCAUAUAUACCUGUUUUAUUAUGACUGAACUGCUCCCUUGAAAGAGUAGAGGCUGAAAAGUUCGUGAUAUCCAUUCUGACCCUGACAAUUCGGUGGAUUACGCGUAAUCCACGAUGUUCGUCGAACGUGGACGAAGACUUGCGCGUGAUUUCGUUUAUAGUGAUAAUGAAAUUUCGCUUUGCUAACCAUACUUUCUCCUCCCCUGCCUGGACUGGGUGUCAAGACAGAGUCGUAAAAACCGGAGGCUAGAGAGGGCGACACGGCAAAAUCCCGCACCCAUGCUUACCACCACACCCCCUCGUCCACAACGUACAUUAACCAGGAUUUUAAAAAAACGGAAAAGGGGCGGCCUGGAUCUCAACUUGCGCCGUGUGAGCCUGCGCAUAGGCCCGCCGUCACACUCGCAGUCUCGGCAUUUAAUUGUGGAUGUGCAUUCCCACGGGCUUGCAGCCCAUCCUGCUGUAGACAUUUCCAAGAACAGCCUUUAGGCUGUCGGUUAGAUUUGCUGGUUUCUGCGUGUUGCAGAAUACCAGACAUUCCGAUGAUUCUAUCGCGUCUGGGACACUACGCUCCUUGACUUAUGUCGUCCGAUCCUAGUUAUUUACGUGUAUUGUGGUUGCAAGUGUCCUAUCCCGCUCCGAGGACCUCACUCAUAAUACCCUUUUAAAUGUUGUUUUGCACGGCGGUUGGUCUGUCUAUCCUGACCUUGCGACGAAUGCUUGGUACCCAGGAUUCAGGAACCAGUUUUGUAGAAGUUUUUUCGCCUUUAAGUGGACGUUGGAUUUACUGGAAGACUCAACUGGAGAGAUGGUCAGACUAUUUAGUUCUCAAGGAUUUAAGAUAUUCGCGUGACGUUGUUGCAGCGAAUGUUCACCAUCUAAUUUUGUGCUGGUGUCUGUCUACUUCACUUAUUCUCAGACGGUGGUCAGUUGCCUUAUAGGGCCCAACACCCAUACCCGUCGUUGACGACAAUUGUGAUAAUUGGCAUGUCGCGGUAACUCCAUAACUAGCUUCGCAAGUAUGCAAGAAUCUCCCCAGAAACAUCAGUCAGGUCGUUUAUGUCUUCCUUACUCUGUUCUUAUGGCUACAGAGUGGUCUUCGACUUAGUACCCGUUAAUCACGAGGGGUCGAACCUCACCGUAGAUGCGGACCGAAUAAACCCUAUUUUUCCGAACAGUGACGAAUAAGCCAUCUUCGUUAGCGGCUUUAUUGGUCUUCAUCGUCAUAAUUGCAGUGCACCUUUAGAGAAAUUAUUUAUCGACUCGAUUGGCAUUUGUCUUCGGUUGUUUGACAACUGGCCAUUCCAAUCUUGUAUUUGUCGGCAAUGCCCGUCGACAUAAUAUUUUCUGCACGUCAAAUCACCCUGGUCCGCAAACUGCGCAUAAGCGUUCAACCAGUCGGGUGUUUGGGGCCUGUAUUUCGAUGCUCUUCUUUCUGUACAUCCUUAUAUACCUCACAGUUCUGGACAGUUUAUCUUGAUUUGACAGCUACGUCCCCCUAAAAUCCUAUAAGUGCAUGAUUGCUCACUGUUUGUCUCACUUGUUUUUCGAUGUAAGGCCUGUCUGACCGAAAGUCAACUGGUCUCUGCGUUCUUGCCGUUCAGGUCGUCUUUCCCUGUGACAGUUACACCCCUUCCUCGAAAGCUAUGAAUUUUUGCAGCGUUUCUAAGCGCAAGCGCGCGUUUCAAGCCCUUUGUCGAGAUGACCCUCAUCCGAAGGAGGACGAAAGCAUCCACCUGGUUAGUUUUUACCCUUAAAACAUGUUCAGGUUCCUUAGCUGUUAAAAUCCCUAGGGAACUAUCUCUUUUCGGCUCUUGCUGAUAACGGCGAAACGAUUCUCGUGUCUAUCCCGGAGAAAUUUCGCAAUGCCUACUAUUUUGCACCAAGUAAGACGUGCAGACGUUUUACCUAAUCGUGGACUUUGUAGAUACUUACGUUUUGUGCGCUCCUCUUGACAAUCCCAAGGUCAAAGCCGAAAUUCGGUGUAUUUUGACGGACAAGCAGGUCACGCAAUUAAUGGGCGGUCCCGACUGGUGAGUGGUCUUCCAUUUGUCGACACAUCUGCUGUAAAAUUGUCGUUACUAACAUACGCAGUCGUUCUUGAUCUGGUUCGAUCCACAGGGAUGCUCUCGGAAUAAAAAGAAAAAAUUCUCAUGCCAAUGUAUAGUUAUUUCGGGUUUUUACAUGGCAUCUUCGGAUCCUCCUACCAAUUAUUUUGUCGUUCAUUAACUGCAUUCCCCCACCGCCAUCAUGAAUGUCCGCUACCAAUAGUUUAUCUUUCAUCCUAGUUUAUCUCACCCUAGUAUAUCUCCUUAGGUUUUCUUAAUGCCUGCAUACUUCUAACCGUGGCGUAUACCGAAGAUGUAGUCCCUAAGAAUCCUGUCGUAAGGGAAUUUAGUCGACUGAAGAAGUGUUCUUGAAUUUUAACGUUUCAAAUGAUCAACUGCAUUGGCCCCUCCUGCGCGUAUCUGGCUCACGCAGGUCAUAAGUGCCGGCUGCCCACGCCGGAAACAAAACAGGCCGAGAAUUGAUUGAAGCCUGGGCCUCGGAUGAGAACUCGGUCAAUCGAUUUAUCGAUCUGGCGCCGGCGUACAGAGCCCUUCGUAGUCACCUCCAGUCGUGCGACGUCGGUCGAUGAUUGGGUCUACGUGCCUUAUAACUGCCGCUUGUCCUGUUUCUGCCACUACCUCUGACGAUGGACUCCUGUACGAGUCUGAAAGCUCAGGAUAAUAAACGAAUUGUUCCGGUGCUCGACUCUUCUUCUUCUUCAAAUAUAGAGAUAAGUCUGUCCAUCUGAACCAACAACGACAGCCGCACGCUGCCUCUCAUUUGUCCUGGUCCAUAAUCACUGGGAUUAUUGCUUUUCCGGGUCAUCUCAUCGCGAGGCCAAGGGUUGUCGGCGUAACCCACUAUUGAACUUGAGGCGCCCGCAGUCAACCGGUCCGAAGGAAUAGAAGGAGCACCGUGUAUCCACCGCUGAGUCUGAGUGCUGGUCCUCGGAAAAGAGUUUCUGUCCAGUAUUUAUUACCGCCUAGUAGACAGCGGAAUUCGGUGUUGGUAUUAUUUCCGAGGACGUACGCUUGUUUGUGGCCAGAUCUAAGCAGAAACUCAUGGUUUAUGCAGUCGUCCAUGGUUGUUGUGAUAAACGCUUUCGUAUCUUUUAGGACCUACCCAUCGUUAUUGAAAGGUUUCUGUUACGAGGUCCGUGAACCCUGUGGGGUCUUAUUGCAUUGUGCUGUUUUUUUCUGCACUCUUUUUACUAAUUGUGAACUGUCUGCGCCACACGAGUCUCAUUAUAAAAUACUGCCUACCUAUAUUAUUUAGAUAGAGCUAUCGAUUAGCAUGAAUGUCAAAGGUUCUUUUGGAAAAUUUUAUCUUAGGCCAGCUGUCUUCACCUUCAUUCCGCCAUCGGUAAAACCCAAAAAUUCUGGGGACUACUUGGAUGCGGAUAUGUUGCCUCCUUCUGAAGAGGAUGAUUGUGAUGAGGAAGAAGAUGAAGAGAAGGAUCCGGAAGAAUCCGCCAACGAAGAAGACGAGGAAGAGGAAGAGCAGAACAAGAACAGUAAUGGCGGUGUACGGACUUGUGUAGGCUCAGAUGGUCUAUCACCAGAGUAA